AUGGCUUUCACUUCCUCACUUUCUUCCGCGCUUCGUGUUUUUAAGACUUUGGUUCUUUCUGUUACACCACAUGCGCGCUUGACGCUGGCGUCUAAGCCGCAUGAUUAUGACGAGAUUUUGAAGCGGACGAUCCGAGAGACGAAGUUUUAUGCUGAAACGCUCCUUGCAGUUCUCUUUUUCGUUGAGAACCAAAUGCUCAUCUCGACAACGGUUGCGUGUCUCCUUUUCUGUCUCAUCAUCUAUAUUGCAUUAGAAGCGAUGACUGGGGACUCACUUCAUAAAUGGAUAGACGAAUUUCCCUGUGGUCGCGUCAUCCUUGCAUGCAUAACUAAACUCCCCGCCAUCACCGUGUUAUAUACUAUUUCCGCAAUGGCGUGCAUGCAGUGGAAUUCCGUCGCAACGAAGAUCGUGCUCUGCGUAUACGGAGGUGUGAUACUUCUUAUUGGCCUCGUUGCGCAUUUGAGGGUCCAUGUCCUGGCCAAGGAUGCUUGCGUAGCCUUUGCGAAGGGCGUAAAGAGUGGUUUUAAGCGUUUGUUCGGUGCCAGGACGAACUGUAUGGUUGACAUCGAGACUGGAAGCAUGAAGUCGGAUGAGAGCGAAACCGAUGGUGCCAGUGUGGUGAAGAAAGCGGGCUCGAUAGUGGUUCAUGUUGAAUUUGUUUGAUCUUCAUGGUUCUUUUCUUUUCUUCUCGGGGUCUCCUCAUGGAAUUGUUUUUAUGAUCUUGUACGACUUUGCAAAUCAUUUUCCCUUUCUCUCCUAAACUAUCUUCUCCACGCUCCAUUCAUUCACACAUUGUACUUUUAGGUUUUACAUUUGAUUUAGGCAAUCAAGCAUCAUUCA